CGCGCAACGUUGUAAUAUCUCCAGCUUUGACGGACAGGACUGCCCUAACCUAACCUCUUCAGUUUUUAAUCUGGAACAUUGAACAACUUUUAAAUGAUUGCACAAUUUUAGGACCAUUUAUCACCAUCUUAAAACGAAAUAAAGACAAUGAAAAUUACCGUAAAUAAAUCUAGUCCCCCUUUAGGAGGCUUAUUUCUUGCCGAAUAUGUAAAAUUAGUUAAAAGCAUCCCCUUGGAAAUUUCAUGGGGUUCAGAGACGGUUGUCGAAAAUACGAGUUGCAAAAAUAGCAAUGAUGUAGCAAGGACUAUUGCCAGAUCAUUUUGUCCAGAGCUGUAUGGAUCUUCAGCUCUUGAAACAACAGAAGUAGAUAACUGGUUAACGCUUUCCCUUGGUCCACUUAAUAAUAGAAGCGAAGUUACCGGUGUCUUAGAAACCCUAAAUAAAGUUUUAGGUUCAGUUACUUACUUGGUUGCUAAAAGAAUUACUGUUGCUGAUUUCAUUGUUUUUGGUAGCUUAUAUACAAACAAACACUGGAAUGAUUUAACCAAAUCUAAAUCGGCACCAGUUAAUGUUGUUCGUUGGUACGACUUUCUACAUGCACAAGAAGCUGUUAUGAACAUUUUAAAUAACCUACCCCAAGAUGUAGCAGCUUCGUUGACACAAGCAGAAAAACAAGUUAGUCAAGAGAAAAAUACUAAUAUUGGUAAUCGAAAUCAAGAGGGAAAAUUUGUCGAUUUGCCUUUUGCAGAGAUGGGUAAAGUUAUUGUCAGGUUUCCACCAGAAGCAUCAGGUUAUUUGCACAUUGGCCACGCCAAAGCUGCCCUUCUCAACCAACACUAUCAGGAAGCUUUCCAGGGGAAACUUAUUUUACGUUUCGAUGAUACUAAUCCUGCCAAAGAAAAUGUGCAUUUUGAAAACGUUAUUCUGGAAGAUGUAGCAAUGUUACAGAUUAAACCCGACAUAUUCACGUAUACCUCAGAUUACUUUGAACUUAUGUUAGAGUUAUGUGAAAAAAUGAUGAAAGAAGGAAAUGCCUAUGUAGAUGAUACUGAACCAGAGGAAAUGAAAACUCAAAGAGAACAAAAAAUCGAGUCAGUCAACAGGAAUAAUGAUGUUCAGAAGAAUUUUGCUAUGUGGGAAGAAAUGAAAAAAGGUACCGAGAAAGGUCAGAAGUGUUGUGUUCGAGCCAAAAUGUUUAUGGAUUCUCCCAAUGGCUGCUUAAGGGACCCUACCAUAUACAGAUGUAAAAAUGAACUUCAUCCACGAACAGGAAGUAAAUAUAAGGUUUACCCUACAUACGAUUUUGCUUGUCCGAUUGUCGAUGCCAUAGAAGGAGUAACUCACGUCUUGCGGACAAUGGAAUACCAUGACAGAGAUCAUCAAUUUUACUGGUUUAUCGAAAAAUUGGGAUUAAGAAAACCACAUAUUUGGGAGUAUAGCAGACUAUCCAUGACAAAUACAGUACUUAGUAAAAGGAAAUUAACGUGGUUUGUCAAUGAAGGACAAGUAGAUGGAUGGGAUGAUCCUAGGAUGCCAACGGUUCGCGGUGUCCUAAGACGAGGUAUGACAGUGCAAGGACUAAAAGAAUUCAUUAUUGCUCAAGGUUCGAGCAGAUCCGUUGUGUUCAUGGAAUGGGACAAAAUUUGGUCAUUCAACAAAAAGGUCAUUGAUCCUAUUGCACCAAGAUACACAGCUGUGGAUGUAAAUGAUCCUGUACCAGUUUUGGUAAAAGGAGUCAAGGAAGAAUGUUUAUCCGUACCCAAACAUCCUAAGAAUGCUGAAGUUGGUAACAAAUCAACGUGGUUGGGUCCAAAAAUUCUGAUCGAUAGAGUAGAUGCAGAAGCCUUAAAGGAAGGUGAAAAUACGACAUUUAUUAAUUGGGGAAAUUUGAUGAUUACUAAAAUUAAUAGACAAAAUGGAAAUAUCGUUAAUGUGGAAGCACAACCAAAUCUUCAAGACACGAAUUUCAAAAAAACAUUGAAGCUUACUUGGCUUGCAGAAACAGAUAAGGCACCGUUUACUCCAACUUGGUGCGUUUAUUUUGAUCAUAUCAUUAGUAAAGCAGUGUUAGGAAAAGAUGAAGAUUUCAAACAAUUCAUUGGUCAUCAAACAAAGAAAGAAGUUGAAAUGCUAGGCGAUCCAGAACUGAGAAAUUUACAAGUUGGAGACAUCAUUCAGCUACAGAGACGAGGAUUUUUCCGCGUUGAUGUGGCUUACAAACCGGCUAAUCUACAUACUUACAAAGAACAACCAGUUGUACUUUUCCAUAUUCCUGAUGGAAGUGCUAAAGAAAGCAUUCCUGGACAAGCUGUAGCCAAAUCUAAGACGAAUGUUGCUCCAAAAGCUGAUAAUAAGGUCACAAGUAAAUCGGCUACAGAUCUAAAUAAUGAAAUCAUAAAACAAGGAGAUGCUGUUCGCAAGUUAAAGGAGCAAAAAGCAGCGAAGGCUGAUAUUGACACAGCCGUGAAAGUACUAUUGACUUUAAAAGCUGAGUAUAAAGCUGUCGCUAAUACUGACUGGAAACCUGGUUGUGUACCUCCUACAGCUUCAGUUUCUAAGACUGAUUCUGCUAUUAGUGACGAGAUCAAUGCGAAAAUCGCAGCACAGGGCGAAAAGGUGCGACAGCUAAAAUCACAAAAAGCCGACAAAGCAGCAGUAGAGGCCGAAGUGAGGCAAUUGUUAUCAUUAAAAGCUGAGUACAAGUCUGCUACUGGAAAAGAUUGGACUCCAAGUCAGGCAUCUUCUACCAACAAAAUUACAAAUCAGACAUCUUCUACCACCAAACCAAAACAAGAAAACGUGUCCUUAGACGAAAAUUCAAUUCUCCAGCAAAUAGCUCUACAAGGUGAGAAAGUUAGAACCUUAAAAUCUCAAAAGGCCGAUAAAUCAACUGUCGACCACGAAGUCAAGGCGCUGUUAUCUCUAAAGGCUGAUUAUAAGACAUUAACUGGUAAAGAUUGGAAGCCUGGAGCAGUUGCGGCGCCACCAUCUCUAAAUAGCUCAACGUAUUCCGCUUCAGCGAAUGUAACGGUGGAUGAAAAUAGUCUACUUUUAGACAUUUCUUCACAGGGAGACGUUGUAAGAAAACUUAAGUCAGAAAAAGCUGAUAAGUCCCAAGUUGACGUUGAAGUAAAAAAACUGCUCAAUUUAAAAGAAAACUUUAAGAAUUUAACUGGCAAAGAUUGGAAACCCAAUAUGAAACCUGAACCAGCAGUACCCGACAACCAAAACGUUAGUGCUGGAGGUGAUAACGCCAAGGAAGUAUUAACCGCUAAGAUUACUGAUCAAGGCAAUCUGGUUCGAGAUUUAAAAACACAAAAAGCUGAUAAGGAAAAAGUAGAUGCCGCUGUAAAAAUACUCUUAGCCCUUAAGGUUGAAUAUAAAAAUCUAACAGGUACAGAUUUUCCUGUAGCGGGCAGAACCCCAAAAGAAACCAAACCUGCGGCACCUAAGGAAAAAGUAGUAAAGCAAAAACCAGCAGCAAAAGAGAAAAAACCUGAGGUUGUUGAGGCCAACGAUAGUGGUGCUAAAAAACAAACUAGACUUGGUCUGGAAGCGAAAAAAGAAGAACAAUUGUCUGACUGGUACUCUCAAGUUAUCACGAAAGGAGAACUAAUAGAAUAUUAUGAUGUUUCCGGAUGUUACAUCUUUAGACCAUGGUCAUUCGCGAUAUGGGAAGCUAUCAAAGAUUGGUUCGAUGGCGAAAUUAAGAAACUAGGUGUUCAAAACUGCUAUUUCCCAAUAUUUGUUUCCAAAGCUGCUUUAGAAAAGGAGAAGACCCAUAUUGAAGACUUCGCCCCAGAGGUGGCAUGGGUUACCAAAUCGGGUGACUCUGAUAUGGCAGAACCUAUUGCAGUUAGACCAACUUCUGAAACUGUAAUGUAUCCUGCAUAUGCGAAAUGGAUUCAGUCAUAUCGUGACCUUCCUAUUAAAUUGAAUCAAUGGAACAAUGUUGUUAGAUGGGAAUUCAAACAUCCUCAACCUUUCUUAAGAACUAGAGAAUUUUUGUGGCAAGAGGGUCAUACAGCUUUUGCUUUGAAAGAAGAAGCCGAUGUAGAAGUUAGACAAAUUUUAGAUUUAUAUGCAAGAGUAUACACCGAUUUACUAGCCAUACCAGUGGUUAAAGGUAGAAAAACAGAAAAGGAAAAAUUCGCUGGUGGAGACUACACUUUAACAGUCGAAGCCUAUGUUUCAGCUAGCGGAAGAGCUAUUCAAGGAGCCACGUCGCAUCAUCUAGGUCAAAACUUUUCAAAGAUGUUCGAUAUUACGUACGAACAUCCAGAUAGUCAGGAGAAGACUCAUGUAUACCAGAAUUCUUGGGGUAUUACAACGCGAACAAUUGGUGUGGUGGUGAUGAUUCACGGCGACAAUCAAGGGUUGGUUAUACCCCCACGAGUGGCAGCUAUACAAAUUGUCAUCGUACCAUGUGGUAUCACUGCCAAUCUUUCUGAAGAUUCUCGUAAAAAAUUGCAGUCGUCCUGUGAUGCAUUGGAAGCAGACUUAAAAGCAGCAAAUGUACGCGUUAAAGGAGAUUACAGAGACAAUUACUCCCCUGGGUGGAAGUUCAAUCAUUGGGAACUUAAGGGAGUCCCAGUGAGAAUUGAAUUAGGACCGAAGGAUAUAGAAAAAAAUCAGUUGGUAGCUGUAAGGAGAGACACUGGGGAAAAAAUUACUAUUAGCCGCGCCGAUGCUGUCACCAAAUUAGGAGCAAUAUUAGAAGAUGUUCACGCAAACUUGUACAAAAAAGCUUGUGAUGAUUUGGAGAGUCAUAAAGUGCUUCUUAAGGAUUGGUCGCAGUUCUGUCCAUCUUUGGAUAAAAGAAAUAUCAUUUUAGCACCAUUCUGUGGUGAAGUUCAGUGCGAGGAUAAAAUUAAGGCUGAUAGUACCAGGGACGCCGGCGAAAAUGCUGAACCCGGAGCUCCAUCCAUGGGUGCCAAAUCUCUUUGUAUCCCCUUAGAACAACCUGCCGAUAUCAAACCAAGCGACAAGUGCAUUCAUCCAGAUUGUAAAAACAAACCAAAAUAUUACACAUUGUUCGGAAGAAGUUACUAGAAUGCCCCUGAAAUAAUUUAUUCAACUAAAAAUAAGCUGUAACAUUUUUAUUUUAACAAUAACAGCAUUUUUCAAAGA